AGCACAUUCAAAGCUCCUUAGGACCACUAUAUUUACGGUGUUUUCAGCCAUUUCCUUGCCGUCUCUCUGUCAUUUACACCAAAACAAACCAACUCCUCCACCCUUCCCUCAUUUCACCCUUCUAAACAAUUCUUCUCUCUAACCGCCCUACCUCUGUAUAAAAACAGAUCGCGUCAUUCUCAAAACAAUCAAAAAGGAAUUUCCAGUCAUUACCUGAGUGAGCACCUCUGAUUCAAGGUGUAAAGUUGGGGUAGGUUUCCAGGAGAAGAGAGAUUCGAGGAGUAGUUUGGAAGCUUGAAGUGAUCAGAAGCAUAAUAUGUAAGGAAAUGGUGACUACUGCAUUUAGAAAGAUUGUAUACCCUUGUUGGAGGCCUUCAAUUGAGGACGAAGGCCAAAACUGGAGCAAUAGAGGUGGGGACCCGAAUGGCCAGGUUGAUGGGCUAUUGUGGUAUAAGGAUUUAGGGAAUCAUGUCAAUGGGCAAUUCUCUAUGGCUGUAAUUCAAGCGAACACUGUACUGGAGGAUCAGAGCCAGCUGGAAUCUGGGCCGAUGAGCUCGGUUGAAACGGGCCCACAAGGGACAUUUGUGGGAGUUUAUGAUGGUCAUGCCGGUCCUGAGGCUGCCCGCUUCAUAUGUGAUCACCUUUUCAACAACAUCAAGAAAUUUACCACACAAAAUCAAGAAAUGUCAGCCGAGACUAUAAGCAAAGCAUAUUUAGAAACAGAAGAGGAGUUUCUUUCCUUAGUGAGAAAGCAAUGGCUAAUGAAACCCCAAAUCGCUUCAGUGGGGUCAUGCUGUUUGGUUGGCAUAAUAUGCAACGGCAUGUUGUACAUUGCAAAUGCCGGAGAUUCCCGUGCAGUAUUAGGAAAAGUUGAGAAACACACGAAAGAUGUUAAAGCCGUUCAGUUGUCAUACGAACACAAUGCAAAUCUGGAAUCCGUUAGAGAUGAACUAAAGUUGUUGCAUCCCGAUGAUCCACAGAUAGUUGUUCUAAAGCACAAGGUUUGGCGCGUCAAGGGGCUUAUACAGAUAUCAAGAUCAAUAGGCGAUGCAUAUUUCAAAAGAUGGGAGUUCAACAGGGAGCCUUUGUUGCCAAAGUUUAGGGUAACUGAACCCUUCCAUACCCCAAUCCUUAAAGCCGAGCCGUCCAUACAUGUCCAUAAAGUCCUCCCUGAAGAUCAGUUUCUUAUACUUGCAUCAGACGGCUUAUGGGAGCAUCUUACCAACCAAGAGGCAGUUGAAAUUGUCAACUCUUCCCCGCGCAAUGGUGUUGCUAGAAAACUUGUGAAAGCUGCACUUCAUGAAGCAGCAAAGAAGCGAGAAAUGAGAUACUCAGACUUGAAAGAUAUAGACAGGGGCGUGAGGAGACAUUUUCACGACGAUAUCACAGUUAUUGUUUUGUUCCUAGACAACCAUUUGAUUAAUCGGACUUCCACCCACGGGCAAGCGCUUUCAAUUAAAGGAGGCGGAGGUACUUCUUUAGUUGCCGCGGGAUAGUUUAUUCUUUUCUAAGAAAAAAUAAUCUUGUCAUACAUUUAUCAUGAAAAUCUUUUGAGGAGAAUAUACAAUUGGGGAAUUGUAUAUGUAUAGGCUAGUUUAUGUUCAACACAUUGAACUAAGGCGGAGUUCAGCUAUGUAUGGGUGAGGGGCAUGGAUUUAAUGGAUGGAGGUGGUGGUGGUUCAGUUUUGAUGAGAAAAAAAUGCUCAGGACUUCUUUUUCAGAGUAAACUUUGAAUUACUUCGUAUUGUUUAUUCUUUUACCUGCACUCAAUAAUAUAGUCACAUUCUCCAGUUUUCCUUUAUGGACCUUCUAAAUGUGUCAUCUUUGUUAUUGUUGCUUGAUGUUUCAAUUUCACGGAAUUAUAUGAGACUCUAUUUUGAGGUACCAUCACAAAUGUUAGAA